CGCGUGUUUCGCCCACCUCUUAUUCCAACGUUUGCUAGCUGUUGCGUCAUGGCUGAUACGGAGAAAGUCUCUGUCCCGUUCUUCAAGAAGAAGGGGCGCGGGCGACCCACGACAGGUCGGAAACGGUCAACGUCUCCACCCGCCACCGCUCUGACCGCUCCCGUACCCUCGUCCUCGAAAUCCGAAGUCGUCCUCCCCUCGCGCAAGUCUGCUGCGAGCAUCCUCAGCGCGGGGACCAAACGCACCGCAUCACAACGGCAAGAGGACGAGGACGAGGACGCGCGGGAGGGCCCCGACGUGAAGUGGACGGCAGCGGGCUCACACGUGAACGCUGCGCUGGAGAUUCUGGAGGGCGACGAGGCGGAGGCGCUGCUGUCGAAGCGGCUGAAGUCGGAGAGGAAGGACGAGGACGAAGAGGAGGUGCCGGACGAUGGCCUGUACCGCGGCCAGAAGGCGUACGCGUCGCACAUACGGAAGAACAAGGAGGUGCCGAAGGCGAUGCGCGUCGGGCCGCAGAGGUCGAAUAACAGCACGAUCCGUACAGUGACCAUCGUCGAUUAUCAGCCCGACGUGUGUAAGGACUACAAAGAGACGGGCUACUGUGGUUAUGGCGAUACGUGUAAAUUCUUACACGAUCGCGGAACUUAUCUCCAAGGCUGGCAGCUCGACAAGCUCGCCGCCGACCCGAAGAAGCAAGCGAACGAAGACGCGUCGGACUCGGACUCUGACGACGACAUCCCGUUCGCGUGCAUCCUCUGCCGCAAGCCGUACACAGAACCGGUCGUCACCCGCUGCGGGCACUACUUCUGCUCGGCGUGCGCGAUCAAGCGGUUCGCGAAGACACCCAAGUGCGCCGCGUGCGGCGCACCCACCGGCGGUAUCUUCAACCGCGCGGACAAAGUCAUCUCGAAGCUCAAGAAGAAGCAGGAGACCGCGGGCGCGGCAGGCGCGGACGAGGACGGGGAUGGAGACACCGGCGGCGUGCAGAUUGAGGGCCUGCAGCAGGCGAGCGAUAGCGGGGACGAGGACGAGGAGUGAGCGUGCGUUCGUGUUCGUGUUCGAGCGGGAUCGCAAGUUGGCCGUUGCGUGCCUCCGACGCCGAACGGAGGUGCGCUGUUUGGAGCGAACGGCUGCCCCUUCUUCCGUCCCGGUUGUCACGUCUCGC